UCUUUUGAAGUUCAACGAAAAAGAAUUGUUAUGUGGCAAACACAUGGAACGCGUUCGCAAAUUAUUUUCUAUGACACAUUCCUAUAGCGUCGACAUGCUCAUUUUAAGCUUUCUAAUGGCCGCGUUGUUAAGCCGUCGUAAGAAGUUCCACUUUGUCAUUAGUGAAAGCGGAUGCUCUGUGGCUUGUUUUCCUAGACUUCGUUCAGGAAAACAGUUUUAUGUUGCCUUUCGUGAACAGAUGUUCUGGAGCGUUCGAUGUCGCUACGUCUAAAACGGGGCAGGAUCUGUUUAUUGAUUGAUUGACUGCUUGAAAAAGAAAGCUUCUGGAGCUUUACGUGGCAAAAGCACAAUAAGAUUAUGAGGAACUCAGUACUUGGAGACUCCCGAUUGAUUUUGAUCACCAAGGGUUCUUUAAUGCGCACCUAAAUCUAAGUACACGAGCGUUUUUUUUUUUUGUAUUUAUCCCCUAUUGAAAUGCGGAUUCCGCCGCUACCGCCGCAGCUACCGCAGAUGAUCCUUUUAUUUAUUUAUUUAUUUAUUUACUUAUUUAUUUAUUUAUUUAUUUAUUUAUUUAUUUAUCUAUUUAUUUAUUUAUUUAUUUUGUGUAUUAGGGUCCCAAUGAAAAAUUGGACCCUUGCUAUGUUCUAAGAGGCCAAGUCACAGGCUAUCCAGACACCCCAAGUUCCUCACUAGCUUAUCUCUGGCAGUUGCUGCCGCGCAAGCUCGCCGGCGCCUACAUGUACGGUUCGUGUUAUCAGAAGAUAAGACACUGCGGCAAUUUGCACAAUGAAUGAUCAGACCCUUCCAAUAUAUAUUAGGACGGCUUCACAAGAGCUAUACCGCAAAACCCCUGCCAUGGCUGGGCUUUGUGAUAAGCUUUAUCUUUGUCACGGUGGGAGAUAUUGUGGCACCACAAAGCUGCUUCAGUGCAUUCGACGGCUCCAAAUGACAGUUGUUGCUUUCAUUGCUGUCAAAGAUAUUAAGCAGACAGAAGUAUACGCGCCGCUCUUAGUAACGUACUCAUUACAAUUCCGCCAAGCUUCCAAUUUUCCAAAGUAUGUCCCGUCUUUGUUGUUUUCUUCUCACCGUUCUUCAUGCAACAUUUACUUACGUCCAAGGCAUACCGUACUACAGCGGCUCUUUCGCUGCUUCCGGCGAAUUUCAGCGAACAAAUUUCGUAGUGAACGGGAUACACAGAAGCUCCGAAUUCUCAGUUUUUGAAGAAGUGUACGACAGCAUUGAGAAGAGAGCGGCAUUUAGAGUAGUGAAGAAUGGUGACGUCAUCACCUACAUUCAAGACUUUCGCACUAAGCGCAACUACCUGAUACGCACUUACGAGGGAAUCACAACGUGUGUGGACGCCCCCGAGGCGAAUUUCACGCGGCGGGAGUUCCUGACUCUUGUAUCGGCGCCGGACGAAAGGACCUACUUUUUUCUCAGAGAUCUCCUUGUGCUGAAGUCUUACGCGAAAGUGCAGACCCGGGUAGACGACCUUGUGCGUGGUCAGUUUUGUCGCAUACGCGGAUUGCACACAACUGACCACAAGAUCAGAGGCACCAUGACGUGGACUCUGAACAAUCCGACGACGCACGAUCUGAAGAAACCACCUGCAAGAAUAACAGGCUUAUCAGAUGCAAUGAAUCUUCCAAGAAAUUCGACGUUAGAGGUACCUUUGCAAGGGCAUUUUAUUUUUCAUGGUGACGGCUUCAGUGAAGAGAGCAUAACCAUGAAUAUCCUAAACUUUGACUUCAUCGGCACAACCCUUCGGAAUGAUCUCCUUGAGAUCCCCGACGGAGUGCGAUGCGAGGCCAACAGGAAGAGCGGCCUUUCGCAUCCCGUGUAUUACAACAUGCGGGUGUUCAGUUACAGCGCCAGGGUCAAGAGUUCGACCUCGAAGCAUCUUCACAUUAUAAACGGUUUUAUAGACGUUAAUCGAAACUUGCACAGAUUGGACUACAAGCCUUGGAACAGCCCUUCGUCGAUUGAAAACACCGUAAUCUUUUCUGGGAAGGAAGGCAUGGCCUACCACGUCCCGCGCUCAGGAGUGUGUUCUGCGGGAAACGUCACCGAAGUCGUUUUCGACAAGCAGAUGAUUAUACUUCCUCGAUUCAUGGAAAACCUUUCACCUAAAACAUUUUUUGUGGGGAACAGUUCUGCGACCCUUGCCUACAAGAAAAUCGCUAUCAAAGGUGGGAUUCCCUGUCACGUCUGGGAUAUAGUCCGUUUUGACUGGCCUUCGAAUGGUGCGAAGACGUUGUGGGAGUGGUGCUUCGUAGACAAGUCUUACUUUUCACCGUCUUCUGAAGCUACUUCGUCCCAUAUUGUAAGCUUGGAUGUACACGUUUUGGAGCCGCCACCGGCGCCGUUCUAUGGCUUAGCACCAGGAGAAAAGCUCUCAUUCCAAUUCUUUGACAUCAAUAAGGAAGCUUCUGAGCUGGUCGAACUUCACGGGUUCGACAUUUCGCCCUGUUACCAAGGGAGCUCGUCUGUGAGAAAGUUGGUUGUUACGUUAGAAGAGAAGGACCGUUCUAAAGCAGUGUACAAGAAACCAUCUUUCAUCUUUGCGACACAGAAAGCUGUCACAUACGUUGCGAAACUACCUGUCCUUCAUGUCAAAGCUACCAAGAACGAUCAGCGAAAUUUUGCUGACCACGAAAGGGCAUUGACGUUUACUGUCCUGGGAAGUACAAAUGGGAGCCCAAGCAUUGAACUGGACUCGGCGAUUGCACUUCUACAGAAGGCCGUCUACAGGAAGUCAUUGAAGGUGUUUCACGAAAAGGAAUUCUACAUGGUGGAACGAUUGUCUUUAUUAUGAAGCAGAACAAAUCCUUCCGAACGAAGUUUCAAGAAUACUUACGAAUUAAAAUUCUCAGAAACAUUACCGACUUUUGAAUAUAA